CACAUGCCACACCUCCUCCUCGUGAUGAUAAAUACUGAGCAGACUUUCACUUCGCAUCAGAAACUGGAUUGAAGUGCGCACCAGUGUUUUCACAGUUUGAAGCCUUUUUUUUCUUUCUCCACAGUCAUGAAAGUCUUUGUAAUCACUGCAUUGGUCGCCCUGAUUCAUGGCAAUUCAGCCAGUCUGCUCAUCAAAGGGCCCACGCAGCCGGUCCUGGAUGGAGAGAGCUUCACGCUGGAGUGCAUGAGCUCCGACCCGGAGCGCAACAUCAGCCAGGUCCACUUCGAGGAAUUCUCCAAGCACACGCAGCGCUGGCGUCCAGUGGAGCUGCGCCCCAUGUGCUUCUACGAUGUCUGGUUGGAGAGGACGGCGGACCGUCUGUCCCUGACUGUGGGGUACGGAGGAUGGCCCCGCGACGGCACGUACCGCUGUGCGUACGACGACCAGAGGGCGAACGCCACGGACCUGGCCUCCCCGCCGCUGGAGGUCAAAAUGCAUUACAUGAAGGAGCUGUCGCUGACCGGGGAAGGCUUCUCCAGCUACUUCGGGGUCCUGACGGAGCUGAAGGUGCGGGUCGGGGACGACGUGGUGGUCCACUGCGCCGCCAGAGCGUCGGAGGAGCCGACGUACCUGUGGAGCAAAGAGGGUGACGACUGGAUCCUGCCCUCCUCCACGCUGACGCUGAGGAAGAUCACAGUGACGGACGGGGGACAGUACACCUGCAUGGCGAAGCAUCCCUCUGUGGAGUCGCUCAGCAAGAAGAGCACCAUCAGCAUCAGUGUGCUGUCAAAGGACGCCCGCUGGUACGAGUCCAGCAAUGGCCGCCUGGUGCUGAUGACCUCGGCGGCGGUGCUCUCUCUCCUGGUGCUCGUCCUGUCCAUGAGCGCCUUCCUGUGCCGAAGGGCCCGGCUCGCCAAGGCCUGCAAGGGACCCAUUGAUGACCGCUCUCAGAAGAAGCCCAUCUACAAAAGCAGCGUGGAGUCCCUGGCCUCCUCCACCUGCGCAGACCAUCAGCCUCUGGUCUGACUGCGCAGGCAGGCGGAAGGGUGAGG